AUGGUGCUGCUCUGGGAGCCUGCAGGAGCCUGGCUGGCUCUGGCCCUGGCACUGGGCCUGAGUGUGGGCGCUGUGACCCCGCGGCAGGACUGCACGGGUGUCGAGUGCCCGCUGCUGGAGAACUGCAUCGAGGAGGCACUGGAGCCGGGCGCCUGCUGCGCCACGUGCGUGCAGCGGGGCUGCGCCUGCGAGGGCUACCAGUACUAUGACUGCCUGCAGGGCGGCUUCGUGCGUGGCCGCGUGCCCGCUGGUCAAUCCUACUUUGUGGACUUUGGCAGCACUGAGUGCUCCUGCCCGCCGGGUGGCGGCAAGAUCAGCUGCCAGUUCAUGCUGUGCCCGGAGCUGCCACCCAACUGCAUAGAGGCCGUGGCGGCCGCCGACAGCUGCCCACAGUGUGGACAGGUGGGCUGCAUCCACGCGGGCCGCAAGUACGCUGCCGGCCACACCAUCCACCUGCCACCCUGCCGGGCCUGCCACUGCCCUGAUGCCGGUGGUGAGCUCAUCUGCUAUCAGCUCCCUGGUUGCCAUGGGAACCUCUCAGACACUGAGGAGGGUGACCCUGAGCGACACUAUGAAGACCCCUACAGCUACGACCAGGAGGUGGCCGAGGCGGAGGCGGCGGCCCUGGCAGGGGAGAUCCAGGCGGGUGCAGGGGGCCCUCCGGCCGCUCUGGGAGGUGGGAGUCAGGCACUGUCUGCCAUCCAGGCGACUCCCUGGUCAGUCGCCCUCCCCAGACCCACGGCGGCCACUGCCCUGGGCCCCCCGGCCCCUGUGCAGGCCAAAGCUAGGAGAGUGACAGAGGACAGUGAGGAGGAAGAGGAGGAGGAGAGGGAAGAAACAGCCGUCACGGAGCAGCUGGCAGCAGGUGGCCCCCAGGGGCUGGAUGUGCUACCCACCACAGGUCCAGCUGGACCUGGUCUCCCUGUCCAGGAGGAGGGGGCAAAAGCCGGGGAAGAAGCCAGGGCUGGGCCUGAAGAGAACCUCAUCCCAGAUGUCCAGGCAACUCCUCGUGGUACUGGGCAGGAGGAAGCCACACCAGUGCCGGGGUCAGGCACUUCUGGCCCGGUCCUGUCACAGGCCACGCUGAGCUCUCCUGGGGGCCUGGUCAAACCCAGCACACCCACCAUCCUGUCCACGCCACUGCACAACACAGCCCAGGUCCCACCCACCCAGGAAGCGCCCAGGCAGCCACAGGUUUUGCCUCGUUCCUGGGCAGAGAAGGACACAGACCGCAACUCUAUUCAUUCUGUCCCCAGAGGCAACGCUGAAGCCUCCACGAAGGACCUGAUAGAGACAUGCUGUGCAGCGGGACAGCAGUGGGCCAUUGAUAACGACGAGUGCCUGGAGAUCCCCGAGAGCGGCGCUGAGGGCGACGUCUGCAGGACAGCCCAGAGGCACUGCUGUGUGUCCUACUUAAAGGAGAAGAGCUGUGUGGCUGGUGUCCUGGGGGCCAAGGAGGGCGAGGCCUGUGGGGAUGAGGACGACGACACCUGUGGCGUCUCUCUGUACAAGCAAUGCUGCGACUGCUGUGGCCUGGGACUUCGCGUGCGGGCUGAGGGCCAGUCGUGUGAGUCCAACCCCAACCUGGGCUACCCCUGCAACCACAUCAUGCUCUCUUGCUGUGAGGGUGAAGACCCCCUCAUCGUGCCUGAGGUCCGCAAGCCUCCGGAGCCCGUGGCCACACUGCAGAGAGUUUCAGAGGCAGAGGUGGCAGGCCAGGAGGCUCUGUCGCUGGGCACAGAGGCUGAACUGCCCAACAGCCUGCCAGGCGACGACCAGGAUGAGUGCCUGCUCCUCCCAGGGGAGCUGUGCCAGCACCUCUGCAUCAACACCGUGGGCUCCUACCGCUGCGCCUGCUUUCCUGGCUUCUCCCUGCAAGACGAUGGCCGCACUUGCCGCCCAGAUGGUGACCACUCACAGCCGGAGGCUGCACAGGAGUCUGCACUGAGGCCAGAAUCUGCCCAAGUGGCCGCCAACACCAUCCCACUGCCACCACCACAGCCCAACACUUGCAAAGACAAUGGGCCCUGCAAGCAGGUGUGCAACGUCAUCGGGGGCUCGGCCAUGUGCUCCUGCUUUCCUGGCUAUGCCAUCAUGGCAGAUGGCGUGUCCUGUGAAGACCGGGACGAGUGCCUGAUGGGCACUCAUGAUUGUAGCCGGCAACAGUUCUGUGUGAACACCCUGGGAUCCUUCUAUUGUGUCAGCCACACAGUGCUCUGUGCCGAGGGCUUUAUCCUCAAUGCACACAGGAAGUGCGUGGACAUUAACGAGUGUGUGACGGACCUGCACACGUGCAGCCGGGGCGAGCACUGCAUAAACACAAUGGGCUCCUUCCGCUGCUACAAGGCGCUCACCUGCAAGCCUGGCUAUAUCCUCAAGGAUGGCGAGUGCACAGACAUGGACGAGUGUGCAAUGGGAACGCACAACUGCCAGGCAGGCUUCUCAUGCCAGAACACCAAGGGCUCCUUCUACUGCCAGGCCCGGCAGCGCUGCAUGCAGGGCUUCCUGCAGGACCCCGAGGGCAACUGCGUGGACAUCAAUGAGUGCACAUCGCUGUCAGAGCCCUGUCGCCCAGGCUUCAGCUGCAUCAACACAGUGGGCUCCUAUACGUGUCAGAGGAACCCAUUGGUCUGCGCGCGUGGCUACCGCGCCAGCGAGGAUGGGACCAAGUGUGUGGACGUGAACGAGUGUGAGACAGGUGUGCACCGCUGUGGCGAGGGCCAGCUGUGCCACAACCUCCCCGGCUCCUACCGCUGUGACUGCAAAGCUGGCUUCCAGCGGGACGCCUUCGGCCGGACCUGCAUCGAUGUGAACGAGUGCUGGGCCUCGCCAGGCCGCCUGUGCCAGCAUACGUGUGAGAACACGCUCGGCUCCUACCGCUGUUCCUGUGCCUCCGGCUUCCUGCUGGCUGCCGACGGCAAGCACUGUGAAGAUGUGAACGAGUGUAAAGCCAAGCGCUGCAGCCAGGAGUGUGCCAACAUCUAUGGCUCCUACCAGUGCUACUGCCGCCAAGGCUACCAGCUGGCCGAGGACGGGCACACCUGCACAGACAUCGACGAGUGCGCUCAGGGCGCUGGUAUCCUCUGCAUCUUCCGCUGUCUCAACGUGCCAGGGAGCUACCAGUGUGCAUGCCCGGAGCAGGGCUAUACCAUGAUGGCCAACGGGAGGUCUUGCAAGGACCUGGACGAGUGUGCACUGGGCACCCACAACUGCUCCGAGGCCGAGACCUGCCAUAACAUCCAGGGUAGCUUCCGUUGCCUGCGCUUCGAGUGUCCUCCAAACUAUGUCCGAGUCUCCAAAACGAAAUGUGAGCGCACCACGUGCCAUGACUUCGUGGAGUGCCAGAACUCGCCGGCGCGCAUCACGCACUACCAGCUCAACUUCCAGACCGGCCUCCUGGUGCCGGCGCACAUCUUCCGCAUCGGCCCCGCGCCGGCCUUCGCAGGCGACACCAUCGCCCUGACCAUCGUCAAGGGCAAUGAGGAGGGCUACUUCGGCACGCGCCGGCUCAACGCCUACACGGGCAUCGUCUACCUGCAGCGGGCGGUGCUGGAGCCACGGGACUUCGCCCUGGACGUGGAGAUGAAGCUCUGGCGGCAGGGCUCUGUCACCACCUUCCUGGCCAAGAUGCACAUCUUCUUCACCACCUUUGCCCUGUGAGGCCCCCGCCUGCCCUGCAGGCCUGCCCUGCUCCCCGACAAGCGCACCUCCUUGUGUGGUCGCCCAGCACUGCAUGGGUGGGGCUGGGCAAUUAUUGGGGUGGUUUUUACUAUAACUUUGUAAAUUAACUUAAUUUUGCUGACUUGAUUCCUCUUGGGUGUCUGGGCCUCUCCUAUGCCCCACGGGAGGGAGCUUGGCAGCAGGAGGUAUGUUCUCACACAGGCACUGAGGUGAAGCUCGAGCGCAGGUCACGGUCACUGCAGGUGGCCUGUAGGUGAAGGACCAGAGGCUGGACGAUGACCUGCAGACUGGAAACACAGUGACACAUUGCGGCUUCUAGUCUCAACUUGACCCCGUCCCCAGAGUUGACAUUCCAUUUCAUGUUCCACUGUGACUAAUUCUUUACUUUUAAAAAAAAAUCAUUUUUAAGUUUUUUGUUUAAUUAUAAACGUAGUACAUGUACACUGUAAAAA